AGUCGUGGCAGUAGAGCAAACUGCUGCAGAAGCGCGCACAGACCGCAGACUCAUCAGAUAACAGCGCCUCGUUUUUUCUCGUCCUUAUCUCAUCAGAGUUUUACGUAAAGCGUGAUCUUCUUCUUCUUCUUUUCCAUUUCACUGUUUAAAUUGUGAAACAGCUCGUGGGUGUUUGGCCGGGACACAGAGCGGGCACGGAGAUGUGAGCACCAGCGUCCCGGGACGUCAUCGAGGUCAGCAGUCAUCAGCUGUGGACUGUUACAUGAGAUCACUCCUGUGCCGCCUCCCCUUGUGCAUCUGCGGCUCUCGGGCACCCUCGCUUUCAUUUAUAACUUUUAACAUGAAUAUUAAGAUAUGCGCACUUGUUGUCAUUUGCGCCUGAUCUACUUUAAUAGCGCGUUCUGUUUUAUUUAUUUGCGAAAACCUGUUUUUAAAAACCUUGUUGCGCUUCAAAGUUGCUCUCGGGGAGUUCUCGAUGGUGUUUGUUUUUAUGCGAGAAUCCACUAUUUAAAAGCGUGACACUCUUCGCAGUUUUUGCACGUCUCGUUCACGCGGAAUUCGUAACCGGCGUCUUCAGCAAUCAUGCAGCGCGAACGCCUGCUCAAAGUUUUGGUGAUCGGCGACCUGGGAGUUGGCAAAACGUCCAUCAUAAAGCGCUACGUCCACCAGGUGUUCUCCCAGCAUUACCGGGCCACCAUCGGAGUGGACUUCGCACUCAAAGUGCUCAACUGGGACCACAAAACAGUGGUGAGGCUGCAGCUGUGGGACAUCGCCGGGCAGGAACGAUAUGGCAACAUGACCCGUGUGUACUACAGAGAGGCCGUGGGUGCGCUCGUCGUCUUCGACAUGACCCGGCUGUCCACGUUUCAGGCCAUCCUUAAAUGGAAAGGAGACCUGGACUCAAAGGUUGCCCUCAGCAAUGGGAGGCCAGUUCCAGCUGUUCUGUUGGCCAACAAAUGUGACCAGCGGCGUCAUGGUUUGUGCCCCAAGCUGCCCAAACUGGAGAACUUCUCCAAAGAGUACGGAUUUGUCGACUGGUAUGAAACCUCUGCCAAGGACAACACCAACAUCGACGCUGCCAUCACAUGCUUGGUGAAAAGCAUCAUGUCUGUGGAAGAGGAGAGAGCGCUGGCUGAAGCCACCAGUGGCGCCUGUAAGGGCGAUCCAGAUGGCAGCGUUCUUGUUCUGCCUCACUUUGACUACAACACAAAGGAGAAGGGACUCGGUGGAUGUUCGGGGUGCCUGUCAAUUAAACCGAAACAAGACCAGGACUGAAGGACUGUCUGAACCAAAAGACUGCAGGGACAUGCAGAGAAUGGUGUGGAUGACUCUACUCUCCAUCACUUUCUCCUCACUGACCUUUCCUGAGAGAAUUUAAUAGAAUUGAUGUUUCUGGGUUUUUGGGGAUUUUUUUAGAUUUUUCAGGAAAAAAAAUCCAUCUAAUAUUUUUAACCAAAUAAUUAAGUUGUUGUGUUUUUAUAUCACACUCAAAAUGAGUUUAGUCAUUGCAGCAAUCUCUUAUUUGGAGAAUGUGACCAAUAGCACUUUUUAUGGCUUUUAAAGGAAAUUUGUCAAAAUAAUGUUUUCCCAAAAUUUGUAUUUAUCUUGUCUGAUAUUUUUAAGGUUUUUUGUUUUUUUUGCAUUGAUGCUUCUAUUGUAGCAGAGACAGUAGGUGUGUGAAAUUUGCAACUUUGUCCAACAAGUGUUUUUUAGUUUUUAGUCUUUAAAUUGCUUUGAUUUAUGACUGCUUUGUAAGUUACUACUGUUUGCCUUAGAGCAGCGGUCCCCAACCCCCGGGCCUCGGACACGUGAGU